AUGGACAAUGAUAUAGAUGAUCGAUACCAAAGACUAUUUCAAAUCAGCAAAUAUCCCGGAAUUGCUUCGCACAAGCUACUCACAGCUAUCAAAACAAACGCCUGUAGCGCAUUCGUGCUCUUCGUCCUCUCCGCAGAAGAUAAUACCGCUGCCGCAACACACAAACCCAGCAAGCUCACCCCAGCCAACAGCGCCACAGUCGCAAGCACAAUUCCUGGCCUCAGAAUCCGUGACGUCCUCGAUGGCGUACCAAAACUAGCAGGCAGAGCCGAUGACAGUUCUGGAUAUGCACCCAUUUUCAACAAUCUUCAUCCGUUCUUCGGCUCCUACGCACUCUCCCUCUCGUCGCAAUGUUGUCAAAUGAGGGAGAGAUUUUGCAAUCAGAUGGCCGACGAUGGGUUCUUGAUGUUGAUAGAGAGUCCGGUGCUUCGUUUGUUAUUCCUGGUUUUGAAAUGA